UUAAAUUUAUCAAAAUUUAUCAAAUUUUUAUUAUCACUUUUUACUCUCUUUUUAAAAAAAAAUGACCUCUAUUAACUCUGUCCAAAUUAUUAAAAAUAAUUCUUUAUAUCAAUAUGAAUUAAAAAAUUUCUUAAAAUAUUUAAAUUAUGAUAUAAUUUCUUUAAUACCAUUUGAGAACGACCCAGAAAAAGUCGCGACUCAUGUAAGGUUAUUCACAGAAAUAAACAUAUUGACUGGUAAAGACGUCUUUAAAUGGAAUAUCGAGGAGGAGGCCAAAAGAUUACAGAUACAUAAUAAACGUUUAAUCGAUUCCGCAACGGACAUUGUCUGGCAGUCAAGGAUUACCUGUUCCCAAAAGCAACGGUUUGAAAGUUUGUCAAAUGACGCAAAUGAUAUCAAUCAAAAGAUGAGACAAGUUGUCGAAGAUACUCGCAACAGUAUAUCACAAAUUUGUGUUACACAAGAAACAGACUUAAUUUUACCCGAUUAUUUUUAUAAUGGUACAACUAAAUUUAAUGAAAGUAGUAAUAUGGAUUCAUUAAUUUUAGGAUAUUCUAAGGAAUUUUAAAAUUUUAUUUUACCUUAUUUUAAUAAGUGUAUUAUUAUGUGUAGACAGUGUAGUAUGCGUGAAUAAGUUAUGUAUAUAAAAAUUUUACCCCACUUUUUUUUCAAUAUUUAUUUUUACACUGCUUAGAGUUAUUAUACAUAUCGUAUAUUAGGGAUUAUUUAUAUUUUCAAUCUUUUAGUCUAUAGUGCAAAUUAAAACUUAAAUCUAAAAAUAUGAUGUAUGGAAAAUCAUAACCUAAACCUUCCAAAUUAUGCUGCAGCAUUAUAAUAUAAUUAUAUAGUGUAUAUAUAUAAAUAAAUAGUAAAUAAAUAAAAUUAUGGUAAAAAUGCCAAGAAAUUUAUGAAAAACGUG